UUUAUUAAUGGGAUCUGGUCGCCAAUCUGUCUUGACCAACAUAAACAAUUGAAUACUGUUACAGAAUAUUGCCAAAGAAUGGGUUAUGCCGAUGGAAUUGAAAUUCAAGUUGAAUGCCAUCCAGCUGAAAAAAAUGUUACCAAAUGCAAUGAUGGGAAGGAUCUUCACAUUCGUUGUUACGCUCAAACAUUCCGUCUGAGUGGUGGGAAGCCUUAUUCAGGUAAAGUAGAGAUUUUGCUCAAGAAUCGAUGGUUUGGAAUUUUUAAAUAUUCGCUAAAGCCGGAAUAUCAAGAAAAAGUGUGCAAAGUCCUUGGAUACCCCGGAGCAUCGAGAAUUUGGAUUUUCAAAACAAAAGAAAAGCAAUUGGUUACGACCAUAAAGACUUGGAGUGGAACUGAUAAACUAAUGUAUAAAACAUAUGAUGGCGGAACCACCAAUUUUGCUGGGCUAACAUGUCAGAAAGCUAUUCGUUUAGUCAACGCAGACUCGCAAGACAUUAACAGAAGUGUCCACUACGGAAUUGUUGAAAUUUAUCGGAAUGGGAAAUGGUGGAGACUAAGCGACAGUCACUGGAGUGAAGCUGAAGCCAAUGUUGUAUGCCAUUACUUGGGCUAUGACCGAGCCUCCGAAAUCUACACGCGUACGCUUUCAAAACUGACUGAAACAGUUUUAUCGGUCGACUUUAGUUGCCAUGGUAACGAAGGAGACCUAUCAGAAUGUAUCCAGAAAGAAGAGAAAACAAAUUCUACGAACUACGCAAAAUCCUCUGGUGUACGUUGUACUGUAGAUGGUGAGGCGCUUUGCAAAGCGUGCAUAUGUGAAACUAGCACUGUGAACUGUAAUGAGAAAAAAUUGAAUUGGAUGCCGUGGGUUCCGAGUAACUACACAGCUGAGAAUGUAAAAGAGUAUUUGCUUGGGAAAAACAACAUUCAUAAUGUGAACAAGGUCCAUCUUCGGGAAUUUGCAUACAUUCAAACACUAGAUUUAUCAAGCAAUCGAAUAUCGAUGCUUUCAAAGGACUUGUUCUUUUAUACAAAAUAUCUACGAGUAUUGGACUUAUCUGGGAAUCGCAUUUCAACUUUACCACGAAAUUUGUUUUCGUUUGCAAAACAACUUCGUUAUCUAAAUUUGUCAGGAAAUCAACUAGAUUCCAUUACUUCUGAAAUGAUGAAUGGCUUGACCGAGCUAACUGUUCUAGAUAUUUCGAAGAAUAAAAUAAGACAUUUUGAAGAGAAAUUUCUUCUUCAUUUACGACACUUGAAAUUACUAUACACGGAUCACUUUACCCAUUGCUGCCACGCCAAAAACAUAAAUCCGAAUAUAAAUUGUUCCGCUCCCAUCGAUGUCUUCUCGAGUUGCAGUGAACUUCUGAAGAACAACUUUCUCGAAGUGUUCGUGUGGAUUGUGGCGAUAUUGGUUGCGUGCGGAAACCUUGGCGUGAUCAUAGUGAGAUUCAAUUUGGAUACACAGGGCCUGCAAACCUUAUUCAUAAUCAGCUUGGUUGCUAGCGAUAUCCUAAUGAGCGUCUACCUUUUCAUCAUUGGUUAUAAAAACGUGACAUACAAAGGAAGAUAUUUUGAGUACGAUGAGGAAUGGAGGUCGAGCAAAAGUUGCACUGUCGCAGGUGCCAUCUCCCUAAUUUCAAGCCAAGUGUCGUUGUUCAUGAUAACGGCUAUUACAGCCGAAAGGUGUUGGUCCAUCACCUAUGCUGGUACAAAAUUUAAAACAUUUGGGAGAAAAAGCAGCCGGGCUAUUGUAAUCUUUGCGUGGUUUUUCGGCGUAGGAAUUGCUGUGUUUCCAGCUAUCUUACCACGGUAUUUCAACUCGAAUUAUAGGAAGUUCUACGGCCAAAAUAGCGUGUGUCUCCCGUUGCAACUACCAGACGAAAACAAAGAGGUCCUUGGUUGGGAGUAUUGCUUGGGUUUAUUUGGCGGUGUCAAUGCCAUUUUAUGCAUAUAUGUUACGAUAUGUUACGCAAGGAUGUACAUAUCAUUGCGGAAAAAUGCUAUAAGGAAUAGCACGCCACGGAAAUUGGAGGACUCCUAUCUUGCCAAGCGAAUGUUUGGCAUUGUGAUGACGAAUCUUUGUUGCUGGAUCCCUGUUGUCCUUUUCACAUUCCUGUCUCUUGGCGGAUUAACAUCCCAUGUGAAAACAAUACAUGCCUGGUCAGCGGUAUGUCUCUUUCCCAUAAACGCUGCAAUAAAUCCUGUAAUAUAUACGUUCUUUGCUCCUAAAGUGAAAGAGAAAGUGAGAAGAAGCCUGAGGUUCAAGAGUUUCCAAGAUAGUCAUGUUUAA